AUGACGAGCGCAAAACCUCGGUAAGUAUCGUACUGCCCAAGGAGGAAGUGCUUCACAAGACGAUGUCUGGACGUGCCAGCACAUGCUCAUUGAUGCUGAUGAGCGGAUCACUCAUGCGUCGAUAUCAGGCACGAUUACUACCAAACGGACCAGGUCGUGCACCUGUCCAUCUAUGCGAAAGGCUUGACGAGGCCAGAAGUCAGCGUCAAGAUCGAGAGCAAUGCUUUGAAUGUGCAGAUUCGACCUUCUGACGCACAGAAGGAUGCAAAUCAGCUCGUCAUAGAUCCACUGUUUGCAGAGGUGGAUGGCGAAAAGUCGACGUUCGAUGUCAAGGCCAGCAAGAUCGAGGUGCACUUGGUCAAGAAGGCGAGCGGACAGUGGUCCGCCUUGCAAGGCAUCUCGACCAGCUCCUCUUCCUCUCCCAGUCGUAAGCAUCUACGCACUUCGUUGCUUUUCCGUAUCUUUCGUCGCGCGUCUCUUCUGAUCAUUUUCGUCGCUUUGGAAUGUCGAUGCAGAGGCCACUGUCACAGCGCCACACAAUUUCGCACCUUCAUCAACAUCGGGCAUCAAGGCACGUCGAUCCAAAUGGGACUCUUUCACCGACGACACAGACGAACCAUCUCAAGCCCAACAAGGGUCCACAUCUGACGACAAGACUUCCACAAAGGAAGGAGGCCAAGAUGGCAACAUUGACGCAUUCUUUCAAAAGCUCUACGCCGAUGCCGACGACGAUACGAGAAGAGCCAUGCAGAAGAGCUUUGUGGAGAGCGGAGGUACGGCUUUGAGCACAAAUUGGAAAGAUGUUGGAACGAAAAAAGUGAAUGUCGUCCCUCCAAAAGGAGUAGAGGCGCGUAAAUACGAGCAAUGA